GUUCAGUGGAGAUGCAAGUGAAUUUCUGGUGAGAUGCUACACGUGAAGUACCAGUCCAGCACCUUUCCACUGAACGUCUCAGUAGUAACGAUGGCUAGUUGAUAUUGCACCCCAACACCGCAGCGUUCACGAACGAGCUACUUGCAAGGUCGAGUGUGUAACAUUGUAAAUCCACCCCAAAUCUGUCCGAAAGGCUCCAAAGGUACCCGUUGUGCUUCAAUGACUUUCGUGCGCGUUAACAUUACUCCAUGCCCACUGAACUGGACGAGUCGGAGCGUGUGGGCUCGGAAGACUCCACCAAGAGCACAUUCGGUGAGUAUUUAAUGUCCGUUGCUGGAAUGUGGGAAGUGCAACGUCCCUGUCAGCCUCAAGACUGCAUGCAAAUGAUCUUCGCUGCUAACUGUCUCCUGGGCUUUUCUCGGCCGUUAUUAUCGAAUUUGCCCACCUCCGCAAAAGUGAACAUCCCGAUGCCGCUGCCCGACUUCAGUGGACGUUCGCCUAGUCGACUCGCUUCUGUAACCAGCACUGGUUCGAGCAGCGUAAGUCGAAGCACUGCAUCAAUGGGUACCAGCAGAUAUCGGCAGAGUAGCAAGGCACUGGACAACAGACGAGUCGUCCGACAGGAGAUCAUAUGCGCUGGAAGUAUCCGUGUUCGCUCGUGCAAGCUUCUGUGGAAGCCAGCAGCUCUCCAACUGAUGGUCACCACUACUAGCAGCUUAGGCGAAGAUGAAGCUCAUUUUGACAAUUGUGACGACGACUCGGAUGAUUCGGAUGAUGAUGAUAUCGAUAAGGUGACUACAAUGGCUCAGCCAAACGAGACGCACCACUACUCGAUAACUUUCUGCCAUCGGUCGCUCAUGGGUCAUGCACGUCGAGAGAAAAUCGAGUUGAAUGGCACUCGAGACCCCGUCGAGAUCAUUUGUGGUGAAGAUGGUUUACUGAGCACCCGAUUCGAGUUCAGCAUUGCAUACGGGAGUGUUGGACCGUCUGGACGACGUCGUACUCUCACCUGCCGCGCACGAGAUGCUAAGGAAUAUUUACAGUGGACAGAGGCUCUACGCAUGGCCGUGGAGGCCCAAGGGAAGAACAAAAUUGCGACAAUUAUCGCACAGUUUGUCGAUACCUUCACCCGCCCCAUUGCCAACGAGGACAACGUGAACUUCAUUCCGAACGCUGGACCCUAUGCGCUCUAUGAUCUGUACUGCAAGGUGGUGCAAGACAAAAAGUUCCACCCGAAACGCGAAGAUGUUUUCUACAAGAUGACGUCCUUGCAUUGCAAAGUGGAUCGACAGCGUGUAAACCGGUAUUACAUGUGUCCAGUGGUGAAUGGAGUAGGAACGAUGUUUGUGCAGUGCAAACCACAGGGCAAAGGAGUGUUACUGCGGAGAUAUCGUAAAGUGGGGGUUGCAGAGGAGCUGGAGGACGUGGUGAAGGCUGCACCGUUCGUCUCGUGGCUCGGACUGGACCCGAAUGAAGUGGUGGUCUUGUACACGAGCUUUAUAGAAGGCUUUGUACCGAUUACUAAAAGAAACUACCGAGUGGAGUACGGUAAUGCGUUUACGUGA